AAGAAAGAAAGAAAGAAAGAAAGAAAGAAAGAAAGAAAGAAAGAAAAAGAAAAAAGGAAAGAAAAGAAAAAGUAGCCUUGGCCAAUAUGCUUCCUAGCACAUGGAGGAGGUGUGUGCUGCUGGCUAGAAACAGAAGGAACUGGGGACAAGCUGCUUCCUGACUUUUGUUCUCAAAAACCCGAGCUCCUUCAGAAGGUUCUGAUGGACAAAGGAUAAGAAUAUGUGGAUUUUUUGAAUAACAGGGAUCCUUUCCCCGCUGCCUGAUGGCAUUCUGGGGAUGGAGCAGGACCCCUGAAAGAAUGGCUGCAAGGUGUCUUCAGGGAGGCUGGAUCCUUUGCACUGUGUGUCGCAGCCCAAGCACAGAUCAUGUGCCCAUCCAGGACCUGGAAGUGGCAGAGCUUCGUAAAUUAAAAGGAACACACGGGCUUGACAAAAAUGGCUCUGAAGAUAUUGAUAUACUUCCUAGUGGGCUGGCUUUUAUCUCCAGCGGAUUAAAAUAUCCAGGCAUGCCAAACUUUGCACCCAAUGAGCCAGGACAGAUUUUCUUGAUAGAUCUGAAUGAGCCAAACCCAAGGGUCCAGGCACUAAACAUCAGUGAUGGUUUCGACAAAGCAUCAUUUAAUCCACACGGAAUCAGUACUUUCAUUGAUGAAGACCAUACUGUGUAUCUUUAUGUUGUGAAUCAUCCCCACAUGAAGUCCACGGUGGAGAAAUUUAAAUUUGAGGAAAAACAACGUUCUCUUGUACACCUGAAAACUAUAAAACAUGAACUUCUCAAAAGCCUUAAUGACAUUGUGGUUCUUGGACCAGAACAGUUUUAUGCCACGAGAGACCACUACUUCACCAACUUCUUCUUGGUACUAUUAGAGAUUAUCAUGGAUCUUCGUUGGACUUAUGUUGUUUUCUACAGUCCAGGAGAGGUCAAAGUGGCAGCCAAAGGAUUUAGUUCUGCCAAUGGGAUCACAGUCUCACUAGACAAAAAGUAUAUCUAUGCAGCUGAUGUAACUGCUCAGAACAUUCAUGUACUGAAAAAACAUGAGAACUGGGAUUUAACUCAAGUGAAGGUAAUACAUCUGGGCACCUUAGUGGAUAACUUAACUGUGGAUCCGGACACCGGAGAUAUUUGGGCAGGAUGCCAUCCCAAUGGCAUGAAGCUGCUGAUCUAUAACCCUGAGGAUCCUCCAGGGUCCGAAGUACUUCGCAUCAGGAACGUUUUGUCUGAGAAGCCUAAAAUCAGCACCGAGUAUGGCAAUAACGGCUCCGUGAUUCAGGGAAGCUCCGUGGCUGCUGUGUACCACGGAAAACUGCUCAUAGUUCUUAGGAGAGUGAUUGAUGGGACAGCUUCCCUUGAUGGGGCCAUUCAGAGACAUCACUGGUCAGGAUCUUGCAGGAAAGAGAAGACACACUCAAACAAGGCUAUUGAAGGAAACUCUUUAAGGGGACUAUUGACACAAGAGUAAGAAGGUUAAGGGAAACGAACAAGGUACAAUAAAACACCCCAGUGCUAGCAACGGAGAGGGAGAGAUGGGGAGUGAGGGUGGGGGAGGCGAAGGACUCUUUCUAACUCUAGGUUUGAAGGAACAAGGUGUCAAAGCAGCUACUAAAAUCAGAAGAGAAUAACUAAAGUAGAGACCAUUGCAAAAGAUGCUGUGGCCAUUGGUAGAAGGAGGCAACCACCCUGUGACAACUCAGCAGAGAGAAACAGAGGAAAUAAUGAUCUUGACUUAACUCCCCUUCACCCUCCCAACUAGAAGACAGAAGACAAGGGAGCUAUUAAUGGAGCCCAUAAAGCCUCCAGGAUGCAGAGCAAUGGGGAGUUGCAUAGAGAGUGGAUCUUGAGCAUCAUGUUGCUAAACCAUUGUUCCCAAGGAGAUUGUAGUUAUCUGCAUGGUGAAAGCUAGGUCACCACCACAGCUGUGUCCAUCAAACUGGAAAGAGAAAGAGGAGAGAGGAUGUCAAGGAGAAAUACCCGGUGUCUUAAGACCCAGGACUAGAAAUGGUAGUCAUUACUUCUUCUCCCUUACUAAUAGUAGGAACUAAUCACGUGGCCACAUGUAACUAACAACAAGGAAAAUUGAGUGAUGUUAUAUGACUGGAGAGGCAUAUGUUCCAUGAGAAAGGAAGAAUACAUUUUAGGGAACAAUUACUAAUCUGGGCCAUGGUCCACCCUCCAGCCACUAAAUAUCCCUCUGCACCCUUCUCCCUUGCCAAGGAACAUAAACUAAAUUUUUAUCCAAUUUCUGUAUCCAGCUCAAAGCACAGGACCUUUCUGGGUGAUGUUUUGACCUCUGCAUUAGGUCCAUAUAUGGCUGCAUGUGGCAGCCCAGAAAAUAAAAUUAUUGCCCCAUACACACAUCCAAUUACAAUGAUUGAGUAUGAACUAAAACACUCCUAGUGAAAGAAAGGAGGACUGGAAAUACACUCAGCUCUGGAACAAGGAGAUUAUCCCACCAGAGAGGAGUUGAGAGGAUGCCCUGUCUUGGCAGUGAUGUACUUUCCUGUGUUCUCUGUUAUUCCAAAUUUCGCCCCUUGGGAAUGUGUCCUAGUGCUUUAUGCUUUGAGGCCAUAUCUGAAGUGGAUCUUGGAAAGACUGUAAUUUUAGUAGCCCCCUUCCUACAGGUAUUGGUUUGAGAGUCUGAGGACAUUUUCAGGCCAGGCUUUUGGUUGCUUUUGAAAUGUAAGUAUCUAAGAAACCCGAUAGGCUUCUGCCUCUGUUUUCAUUCAGUGCCAUGUGCCAACAACAACACGCUCAGAUUUCUUUUUGGAACAUUGUUUUUAAGCCCGCUUUACUUGCUGGUUUCCAUGUCUAUCCAUUGCUCUCAUUUAUAUGCUGUCUCCUUUGAGGCAAUCUGAAUAAUGGGUAAAAUGAGGCCAUACAUUAAUAUAAUCUUCCACAGUACUAGAUCCCUUAGCUUUCCUAAUUGGGAAAAGCUACGAGUUAUAGCAAUCCUACCUCCUGCUGUUGGUGCACAGAACCAAAUUUCUAGACCUUCUCAAUAGUCUUCUGCUUUAUGUCCACUAGUUUCUACCUGAGCACAUAUUUUCUUACUCUCCUCUAUUACAAACAUCAAAGAACAACCAACACACAUCAAUAUUCUUGUUACUCUGUGGUUAAGGGGCCAGCCUUUCAGAUGACUGCAGGAGACAGUUUUAUUAUACAUUUUUGUGAUGACAUUAUAAGGGUCUCUGAUUUUGCAGCCUGUGAUAUCUGUUUCCUCAACUCUAGUCUAACCACAUAUUUAAAAUUAUUCUUAGAAACCCAUUUCUAGGUUCAAAUUUCUAUAUUUCUAAGGUCAUGUUAAGCUAUUAUAACAAAGGGACCCCAAAUAUACUGGCUUAAAGAAUACAGACAUUGCUAAAAGGUAGUCCAACAUAGUGGGUGAGAGCACAGAUUGGGGAAUCCAAUUUUCUGGAUUUGAAUCCCAGUUCAGUUGCUUACUAACUGUGCAACCCUGGUCUUGUCUGAGUCUCAGUUUUAUUAUCUUUAAAACUAAGGUAAUGGGGGGGGGGCACCUGGGUGGCUCA